AUGGCUGCCACUGACGGCUAUGGAACUGCAGGCAGGGAUGCCAAUCAUGACAACUCAACACAAGGAGCCUCAGACUCUGAGAACCAACCCCUCCUUGGAGGAAAAGCAAAGUCGACAUCGUCGUUCACCGAGUACAUGAAAGAGGACAUUGACAGGCGUUGGGCUGAUCUCCUUCUGCUGCUGUCCUAUAUCAUCACAGGUCUUCUCGACAGCUCGGCAGUCUUCAUCUGGGGUUCCUUCGUGAGCAUGCAGACUGGAAACACCGUCUACCUCGGACUCGGGCUUGUCGAGCCGACCAAAGGGACACGAUGGAUCAAAUCCUUGACAUCUAUCGGUUUCUUCUGCUUCGGUUCCUUCUGCUUCAGCCGCUUCCACCGAUACUUUUCACCCAAACGGCGAUGGGUCCUCCUGAUGUCCUUCUGCAUGCAACUUGUUUUGAUUGUCGUUGCUGCCGUCAUUGUCAUGAUCGAUACCGGAGAAGCCGGUCAGUUGCGAUGGGAGGUGCUUGUCCCCCUUGCGUUGGUCGCGUUCCAGAGCAGUGGCCAAGCAGUGACCAGUCGAGCUUUGCAGUACAACGCCUUGACCAGUGUUGUCCUGACAAGCAUUUACUGCGACCUCUUCUCCGACCCUCUGCUUGUGGCAGGACUCACACAGAACGCGGAGAGAAACCGACGGGCUGCGGCACCUCUGUUGUUGCUGGCAGGCGCCAUUUUUGGCGGCUUAUGGGCUCACAGCUCUCUCGGUCUGGCUGGGGCUCUGUGGACCGCUGCAGGGCUGAAGAUUGUGAUAAUGGGAGCAUUCUUCCUCUGGAAAGCCGAAAAGCCAGCUCCACGCACCUGA